AAGAAAAAACACCUACUGAGUGAUAUGCCUAUAUUUGUGAAUCAUAACAAAUGUAAAAUAAUGGUGCAUGCUCUCGGAUAUCAAUAAACCAAACGAAAUGAUUUAAAAUAGUCCUCCACAGAUGAACGCAACAUUCCAAUUUCUUGCCUAAAAGGGCUAAACAAUUUUUACUUUGACAACAAACAGGACGGAACUGCGCAGAAGGAGAUCUGGUAGCCUGCGGACGAUGAGUUAUCGGAGCCAACCUCGUCUACUUUUUCUGUCUUGAGCGCGUGUCGUAAGUCUCCAUCCUUUGAGGAAGAGGCGAAAAAUAGAUUUGAGUCAAUAAGAAAGAGACUUCGUAACUGCAGUUAUAACCCUUUUGGAUGAACUACCGGAGAAUGCAAUGUGAGGCUUCAAGGAACGAACCCCAAAUCAUCAAAGUCAUUAUUAGGAGGAUUUGAGGAGCCGGCUUCUAAUCCGACAUCAGACGUUAUGUGAAUCCAAAUAACUUCUGUUAAUGAGAGAUUUUAACGUUUGUGAUAUGCCUCUCAUCCAUCCAUUCUCAUCAUCCAAGAAAGGAAUUUAGAUCGACCUUCUGAAAUCAUCGUCUGCGUGUUUUAGAGACCGGCUGCAUCCGUUUUAUCUAAACAAUUAUGAUAUAUUUUUUGCGUUCAUCUAAGACCAUGGAGAAGCCUAUUAAAUGAUUAAGAGUUGAACCAAGAAGGAAUCUGGUGCCACGGAAUAGUGAAGUGGUUGGUUAUAUGCUUCAAAGAGGAUCAUUUCAGCGCAUCUCUUUGCAAUGAAUGGUGUUGUCUAAAUCCUGCAUAAACGGACUGUUGACAGACUUCACAGGAUGAGAGGAGAAUAGCGGUUGUUGUCAAUUUUAUUAGGACUUACAUCGCCUUUUUUAUUAUAUAAUACCAGAAAAAAGGGGACAUUGGACAAAUAGUUUUAAAUCAAUCAAUUAAAACUUUCUCUUGAUAACUUCAAGGCGUUGGUUUGGUCUGGAAUACAAGAAUAGAUGCUUCUUAGAGGACAGGAGGCGACGUAAACCAGACUUCCAUCAUGUUCAAAAGGGCCUGUGGCCUGGAGUUCCUGCUGGUUCUCUGUGGUCUGGAGCUGUCCUGGUCCUGCCCACAUCACUGUAUCUGCUACGCCGCGCCCACCACCGUUUCUUGCCAGGCGCACAACUUCCUGUCCGUCCCCGAAGGCAUCCCCCCGAACGGCGAGCGCAUUUUCCUGCAGAACAACAAGAUCCACCGUCUGUUGCGAGGCCACUUCAGCCCCACCACAGUCACCCUCUGGAUCUACUCCAACAACAUCACCUACAUCGAGCCCUCCACCUUCCAGGGCUUCACCCUGCUGGAGGAGCUGGACCUGGGGGACAAUCGCCACCUGCGCACCCUGGCCGCGGACACCUUCCACGGGCUGGGCCGUCUCCGCGCGCUGCACCUGUACCGCUGUGGACUCAGCACGCUGCCCAGCAACAUCUUCCAGGGGCUGCGCAACCUGCAGUAUCUCUACCUGCAGGACAACCACCUGGACUUCCUUCAUGAGGAUAUCUUUAUGGACCUGCAAAACCUGAGUCACCUGUUCCUGCAUGGGAACAAGCUGUGGAGCUUGCAGCAGAACACCUUCCGGGGCUUGGGCGCUCUGGAUCGCCUGCUGCUGCACCACAACCAGCUGCAGUGGGUGGACCGCCUGGCCUUCCAUGACCUGCGCCACCUCACCACCCUCUACCUGUUCAACAACUCCCUGACCGAGCUGUCUGGGGAGUGCCUGGCCCUGCUGCCCGCCCUGGAGUACCUGAGGCUCAACGACAACCCCUGGGAGUGCGACUGCAAGGCCCUGUCGCUGUGGGACUGGCUUAAGCGUUUCCGUGGCUCCACCUCCUCGGUGGGGUGCCAGGCUCCAUCUGACCUGGCAGGGAAGGACCUCAAGCUACUCGGCAAGGAAGACUUCCCCAACUGCUCCGGGUCCAAGUCCCUGCACCAGAGCAAGACCAGCACCUGGGCGGACACGGAGAAGGUGUCCCUGAAGAACGAGCCCCAGCCGGUCCAGCCUCCGCACACGCACACGCACCCCCACCACCCCCGCCACCACGGCGAGGCUCCGCCCUACCCCUCUCCCCCCUCCCCUCUGCCCCACCCGCCACCGUCCAUGGAUGGGGGAGUCGCGGCGGGAGCAGGCGGGGAAGCCGGGGCGGCGCCCCCCCAGAGGCCAGGCCGCGCUCGGAACUGCACGCGCCCGCGGGCCAGGGGGGGGAAAGGGAAGGGGCAGAACGAGGUGCACACCCUGAAGGAGAUGGCGGAUAAGGAGUACUCCUCCCCCGACUUCACCGAGGGGGGGGGCAAAUACGACCACACCUCAGCGGACGGCACCAUCACGCGGCGGAAGCACAAGUGCCCCCCCCGGACAUCAGUCGGCCCCCCCAGCGGGGUUCAACAAGCCACCAACAGGGGGGCCACGGCCCUGCCCCUGCUGCACCUGUACGCCAUCCUGGGAGCCUUGGUGCCUGUUAGCAUUGAUUGCAUUCUGCGCUGACCCCGUGGGGGGGCAAGGACACGGCUUCACCAACGAUGCAGCCCUUCCGACCCCACUCUCGCUCCUGCACAAGGCCUGUGUGUGUGUACUUUAUGUGUGUGUGUGUGUGUGUGCGUGUGUAAAACAUUGUGUAGGGGCUUAGCUGUUUAGACUCUGAAAUAGACGUUCGAACAUCCAACAUCCGAUGAGGAAGGGCUGUGUGGGGGAGCUUGGAGAGACAAGAGGAAGUGUGGAGCGCGCGUGCACUGCCACAGUUGCUAUUAUGAUUUGAUGUUCCUGUUGUGUUGCUCUAAUGUCUUUUUGCAGCCCUCUCUUUGUGUUUUUCUGCUCGAGCUGAGAUAACCAAACUUUUCGAAAGGAAGGAAGGCACGAAGCAAAACGUUAUCUACGAGUUAAGUGAAAAAGUGUUUCAACCAGCUGAAUUUUUGGGUUUCGCAAUCUGUGAAUCCUUAUUUGAGAGAGGGGGGAGCAAUGAUUGUUAAGCCCUCGGAAUGAGUGUAUCCAGUUUAAUUUUCAGUCUUAUUUGCCAAAUGUAUUUUUCUAUUACCUGCUUUUGCCAAUAGCAGUACCAUGUAAUUGGACCACAGUGUUUCCCAUCAGCAGAGAGAUUAACUGAGAGCUGGGCUCUGAAUCAGACCAGGUAUGUGCAGAGCUCCCUUCUCUUGAGGAGUGCUACUAUAACAGCACAGUAUGGGGCACCGGCAGAGAGGGCACACGCAGCAGGAACAUGCCACGGCUUCUGCUCCUCGAACAGAUUUCACUGACCAGACAUGUCCAACUCUGCUGCUCCUUCAUAUAGUAUUAUCUAGAGCUUUCGUUUUGGUUUGUUUUUAGGUGAUCCUGGCUUCCUCGGAUUGUUUCUUUAUGUUGUUGUUGAUUGUCAUUUCUUUUUCGAAUCCACGUGUGCUACCACAUAUUAAGCUACUCCACCCAAGCUGCUAAUUUUCUGUAUGGAGGUGAAUGGUACCAAAUGCUCUGUUCCCAUAUGCUACCAUGUGUGUCCUCAAGAGGAACAAGCUGUGAAUAUCGAGGAAUCUGGCUGGUACUCGUCCUGGAUGUUGUUCAUUUGAUUUUGCUGAGAUACAAAAGGACCUGUAUAUUGAUCCCUAUUAAGGGUAAAGAGAGACUGACAUCUUUAAGGGGGGUCAAGGGUCAGUGGGAGUGUUCUCAGUGUCCUGGAAGGCUAUUGGCUGAGAUGAACCUUUGCCACAGUGGGGAUUCUUCCUCAUUGGGUCUCUGAAGAACAGUUUUUUUCUUUCCUAAUCUUCAAAAGGAAAACAUCAGACAAACAAGACUAGAGAAAAAACGUGUACCUUAAAUGACUUCUGUGAUGAAUUAAAUAUAAAAGAUUUUUAAAAAGACGAUUUCAAACCGAGCACGGCAAAAUAACGGGGACUUUCUCUCGGACAUACAAAACUGCUUAAAAGCCUCUAAACAGACUGCUCUUCUUGCGAUCGCAGGUGAAGAUCCGAGAAGCAAGACAAUCGCUUCGGCAGUGUCGGGGGAAGACAGGCCCAUGGACAGACAUCUUAAUGAUAAGACUGUGUUUGUAACAAUAAUGAUGUGAACUGUACUAUUAUCAUUGACUACAAGGGGACGAUCUGCAGUGCCGAAAUGAAUCAUUUACUGUAUUACUACGAGAACUACAAUAUCAACGUCAUCAACGAUGAUAACAGGGUUUCUGCUUCCUCUACUGACGGGAGUAGCUUUGUUUCAGUUACUUUAUGGUUUCAUUCUUUGGUUGACCGGCAUUGUUUUUUGUUUUUUUUAUUACAUCUUUUAUUUUCAUUCUCUUCUGGACUCUUAUCCCAUGAACGAUGCACAACUCCAUUUCCCUGGUCCUUGUUCCAAUGUACCCCCCAUUUAUAUCUCGUAUUUGCCAUGAUUCAACGGUUCAAUAAGUUCUUAUCAAAGAAGAACGAUACAAAAUGUUUAUAAAGAUAUUAAA